AUCCCCAACAUGAGACAAGUUUGUUUAAAAAGUAAAUAAUUUCAUUUUUUUAUAUUAUAUAAUAAAUAUAGAUUAUUUACUGAUAAUAAAAAUAUAGUUAUUCAUCUCUCACAAAUAUUUAUGCAAAUAUAUGAAUCAAGUACAGCAAUCAAACAACAUAAUAAUUUCCACAAAGAAAAUUUUAAAAAUAUAUUUAUGUUAUGUAGUCUUAUUUUAUAUUCUUUAAAUAAUGUAAUACAAUAUUAUACAUUAUUUUUUUAGAAUUGAGAAAUACAUAUAAUAUCUUAUCUUACCAGACCAUUGACUUGUGAAGUUUCAUAACACAAUUUUUAAAAAAAUCUAGUUAUGAUAUAAAAAGUUAACUCAGAUCUUGAAUUUUUUUACCAAACCAUUGACUUGUGAAGUUUCGUAACACAAUUUGCUUACUUGGGACAACUCUAAUAAUCUCCCCAUUUCUUCUUGCUGCUCCACCACAUCCAAACCAUGUCCUGGAAAAAACUCAUCACUUGUUGUUCAAGAACAACAUCUAACAAAUCAUCUCGCCGCGAGUCCUCAUCUUUGAAGAACGGAGGGCUACUAGUAGAAAAACUGAUCCGUGUUUCGGACGGAGACUACAGUCCGUUUUGUGUAUUCACAGAACAAGAGCUGAAGCAAGCAACCAAAGACUACGACCAAGAUCUCGUCUGUCUUGUCGACGACAACUAUAAAUUGUUUCAAGGAGUUCUUGAGAACAGAGGAGCCGUGCUAAUCAAGAAAACGAAUGAACACGAAGAGCUCGUGGAGUAUUGCAUAAGGGAAAUCGCUGUUGCUGCAUACGUCAGCUCGAACAUGAAUCUGGUGAAGCUUCUUGGUUGUUGCUUAGAGAGCAAGGUACCGAUUAUUGUCUUUGAAUACGUUAGUGGGAACCUAUCAGAUUACUUGCAUAACAAGAAAGGGGUUAUCCCAUGGAGACAGAGGAUUCGCAUCGCUGCUCAGGUUGCAGACGCGAUUGCUUAUCUCCACUUAAGUAAACCACGACCUCUGAUUCACAGACACGUGAAAACUGAGAAUGUUUUGCUCGACGAUAACUUGAACGCCAAGUUAUUCGAUUUCAGACUGUCUCUGGAAGUUCCAGAAGGUGAGACUUCUGUACAAGCAUUAGUUGAAGGAACAAUAGGGUUUCUAGCUCCAGAAUCAGUAGUCACAGAACGAUUCAACGAGCAGACGGAUGUUUUCGCCUUUGGUGCUACAUUAAUCGAGAUUUUGACUGGAAGGGAGCCUCAUAAUGUGUUCAUUGGAGCAUUUGAUUAUAUGACUAACCAUGACACUACUCCAGUUGCAGAGUCGUCUCUCAUAUCUGUUUCUUCGCCGAAACGAAUAGAUCUUUUGAUGUUCUUGAAGGCCAAUCUGAUAAGGGACGGGAAGGAUAAUGCUUUAGAGGCUAGUGCAGAGCUCGCUGCUAGCUGUGUGGAGAUAUUGCCAGAGAAGAGGCCAACGAUUGAAGAAGUAGCUAAGAAGCUGAAGCACAUUCAGAACAUGUAAAGCUUACAGAGAACUAUGGGAAACAUGUUACAAAGUUGUAGUUCAUUACCUAAAUUGUUCAAAACAGAGAUUGUGGGUGUAAAUAACAAAAGGUAAAAGUAUAAGGUCCCACCCAUCAUAGAAAUAGGGUGAAAACAUUAUAAAGUAAAAGUUGAGACGU